GGCGGGCGCCUUCAGGCGCGGGAGAGGCGGGAGUGGCGGGCUCAAGUGGGGAUUGUAACCGUCGCCCGCCCGCCUGCCCACCCACCCGCCUGCUUGCCCACGGCGUCUGCGCUCGAUACCCACCAAGAAGCAAAAGGAUGGCGGUUCUGGUUCCGUCUGCUGAAUGCCAAAAUGCAGCUUCAUAAGCAAGAUGUGGUGAGCUGCCCCUGACAGAGUGAAGUCACAAAGAAAGAGCUAGCAGCUGCUGUCUGGGAGCCCUCGGCCUUCCCUGGCUUCCAGGGUGUUUCCCACUUCCUGGAGCAGCAAUGGAAAAGCCUGCAGGCAGGAAAAAGAAGACCCAGACUCCAAAGGAGGAAGCAGGAGUGCCAAAGGCCACUGUCAAAGGAGAGAAAGCAUCCAAGGCAAAAAGGCCAAGCAAGAGGUCAGCAAGGCCCCGGAAGCCCCGCAAACAGCCCGUCCUGAGUCCCGAAGAUGAGGCGCAUAUCUUUGAUGCCUUUGAUGCCUCAUUUAAAGAUGACUUUGAGGGCGUCCCCGUGUUUAUUCCUUUUCAGAGGAAGAAACCCUACGAGUGUGGUGAAUGCGGACGAAUCUUCAAACACAAGACAGACCACAUCCGCCACCAGAGAGUUCACACCGGAGAGAAGCCCUUUAAGUGUGACCAGUGUGGGAAAACCUUCAGACACAGCUCAGACGUCACGAAACAUCUGAGAAUCCAUACUGGUGAGAAGCCCUUUAAAUGUGGGGAGUGUGGGAAGGCCUUCAACUGUGGCUCCAAUCUUCUGAAACACCAGAAAACACACACUGGAGAGAAGCCUUAUGGCUGCGAGGAAUGUGGAAAAACCUUCGCCUACAGCUCCUGCCUCAUCCGGCAUCGGAAGCGUCAUCUGAGGAAGAAGCACUGAGCAGGGCAGCCUGCAACUGUGGAUCUUUGUCAAACAUCAGAUGUUGGUCUAGGUUUCUCAUGCAGUUUGCUACUGAUGGCUCAUCUGGCUGCCGUGUCUCUGUCAUCAGAAGGAAAUUUCACCUGUCAGAUGUGAGAACCCACAGAGGCUUUCCGCCCUGUGAGUCUACACUUGGUGGUAACACGGUGCUCCCUGGGGGCUUACUGCAGCUCCAGCCAUUUUCCAGACUACUUCUUCCUACUCAGGGGCAUCUUUGGGAAUAGCGUUGGGUCACCGAGAACUUAUAGCUAAAGUGACACCCGUAUUGGCUAGGGCCACUGCCUCCCUCUGCAGCCUCUGCUCACUCCAUCCACUCCACCUGUCAGUCCACUUGAAGGAGCCUGGCUCUGGAUGCCCGGCCCAUGCAGUCUGCUGGGGGCGAGGGACGCUAAAGUGGAUGGCAGGCAGUACUCUGACUAGCUCUGAGGACCCAGAUCCCCUUGGACUACACCAGAGCUUGCUCAUCUCUGUGCAGCUGACUGAAGUGGUCCUGAAAUUGCUCUCUUCUGGCUGAGCCAACAGUCUCUGAGCUCAGCCCCAGUGCCUGAUCCUGCACUGCACUGUGUACCCUUGUCCCAGCCACCAUCGUGGACAAGGAGCCUGGGUCCACCCAGAGUGGCUGCAGUGGACCCUACACCCUACCAUGGUGGCAGAUUGUGUAGAUUAGGUCUUGUGGCUUCUCACCACUGUACCCUCAGAAACAACUGACCCUGCCCCAUGGCAGCCUGCCAUUCAGGUCAGUUCCACGUCCUGCCUGUCACCAGGACAAGGUGAUGUGGUUGUGCCUGCCCUCUGUCCCAGGUGCUUUAUGAGGUCUGUGUUCUGAGGAUAGCAAAGUGACUGCUGACCAGAAGGAUGCAUAGGACAGGGCCCAGACACAGAAUGCCAUGUAGUCACAUAUUCGCCUCAGACUGGCCCUGGAAGACACCUGCAGCAGUGUCUAGGUGGCAGAGUCCAGUCAUCCCUCCAGCAGACAGGCUGCUAGUGCAAGAAGCUUAGAGAAGUCAAGAGAGUCAGUGUCUACCUCCACCACAGGGCACUGCAGAUGCCCAUUGGGGUCAUGCACCGGAGGCUGUCAUCACAGAAUCCACUGGCAACUGGAAAUCUGUAGGAAGAUGAGCUCAGGGAGGCCUUUUGGAUGCCAUGGGGUGACUCCAGGACACUUGGACUUGUUCCUACCCUGAAGUUAAGAUGGCCACAUCACAUUGUUCACGAGCGACCAUUAGCUCUGGCCCACUGUCAGCCUGCUGGAGAGUCCCCAGCACCAGCUCUUUCCUUCACCUGGGUCAGACUAAAUGUUCAGAACCUUCUAGAUGUCCUGAGCAUUGUCAUUGACGAGCACUCCAGCAAUGUAUUGGUAUUCUAAUUACAGAAGCAUCCUCAACUGUAGCCAGAAACUUCUGAGACGUGCAAGGCAGCCACACGCCGUGGGCCCUGUCCUGCAGGAAGGUUCUGACAGCGCGGCUGCUGCUCAGCCUCACUUGGAGCAGAAGCACUGCCAGGGUCUGACAACAAGUGACCAAGAGCUCUGAGCUCCACUGGCAUCCGUUCCCUCAGUCCCUCCGAACCACGUGAGAAGUUAGGAGCCACCCUGUAAGGAGAGUCAGAAGUAGUCCUGGACUGGGCCCAGGACCAUUGGUCAGCCUUGACUCUAGCUGGCAACUUCAGUUCCUGGAAGUCUGUAGCUCCAGGGCUCACUUGGGCUCCACUCCUUCACCUUUGUAUCCGUUCCAGUUUGACAUCAAGACAGAAGCAUUUCCUGUGCCAAUGAGUUAGGACACCAAGAUGCCCUGAAGAGGAGGAAGGAAGAACUGGGGCCACGGAUUAAAGGCUGUGUACCCUGACUCAAGAGACAGAUGCACUGUGGCUUCUAGGGAAGAUUUGGGCGGGGCUCCUCUCUGGUGUGGACCCCAGGCACAGUGCAGACAAGGAGACUAGCCUGUGUGCCACAUUUCCCCUUAGGCUAAGAGGUGGCUCUCCCUGUCAGCCUACCCCUUCUGAACAUGGUGCCAGUAGAGUUGAAUGUUUGCUUUUUCCUGGUUCCUUCUCAAGGAAGACAAGUAGAUUGCCCUCUCCUGAUGCCCUGGGACUGAUGCUUUCAUGGUGCAGCUCCCAGCCAACACCUAGGUGAGGCAUUGCUCUGCAGCUGGGCCUGCAGUCAUUUGGCUCUGGACCUUCAGAGGGAUCUUGGCACCCGUGAACUGUUAGCACCCAGCUGGCCUGUCCACACCUCACCUUGGCCACGUUAGCAAUCUGCUGGAGCCUCAUCUUCUAUCUGGCUGGUGCAGAGACACCUGUGUGUCCUCAUGGCCUAUACACUCCCUGCGGGGUAUGUCCUGCCCUGCUCUGCUAAACUGCAGUGAGUGGGGAAUCCUCUUUGAGGGCUGCAGCCACAGCCCGUUGUGUUGUAGCAGAUGCUCUUCCCAGUCUGGUGUUUGUGUCGCAGUUGUUAACUCUUCUUUUCAUGUAAACCAUACUUGGUGCUGUGUCCGUGUUGUGCACAUUGGACUAGACAUUUUGUUUUGCUGUACACUCGGUGGCUUCCUUCGUGAGUGACCCCCCUGCUCCAUGGACACCUGCACUGAUCUCCACAUUGCCUUGCAGGAGCUGCCAUGGUUUUGUGAGCAGAUGUUGUUGCUGCUGCUACUGGAUGUCUAUUUUCUCAUAAAAGUAAAUGUGUUUCCAACCUGCUUACUGUGCUCUGUCAGGUUCCCACAGUGGAGGGAUGCCCUCCAAGAAGCCACCAUCUUCCUCCACUGGGGACAGAGCUGCGAGACCAGGGUUCUGGCUGGUCACUGUUUCUCGGGAGUGCCUAGGAAGAUCAAGCUCAUGAGAGUACAAUGUGUAAUUGAGAAAAGUCGUCCCUGCCGUACGGUGGGGUGAGGGUGGAGCCUCUACAGCAGCAAGACAUCGCCUUCCUUUUGACCCCAGCUACUAGGAUGCCAGGUUAGGGUUUGGUUAGUUGUUGAGUGUCUGUAGUAGGGACCCUGGGAAUCAUCCGUGCGUUCUCCAUUCACGGCAGUUGUUCUCAACAAGGGACACUUAUAACAGUGCCUGGGGACAGUUUGUGUGGAGGAUCUAAUGGGUAGAGGCCUCAUAAUACACAGGUGAACCCCACCACAGCAGCAGGCAGCACUGGGGCCAUGUUGUCACUCAAGAAGCUAGGGACCAAGCUGAGCUCACAGUCAACAGAAACACAGGAGGAACCCUUCUCUUUUCUGAUGCAUUUUCCCGCAGCCCCAAGACUAACCUUAAAAUGAAGGAAAAAGGAUCAUUUGAGCUUUCAAGAUCUAGAAUAGCUAACAAUAGUGAGACCCCCAUUUCAAAAAUGGGAUGGGGUGGGUGUGGAUCUGGAGGUUUAGCCCAAUAAUGAAACACACACAGCAGACUUGAGACCCUGGUUUCAUGUCCCAUCCCCAGCAUUUUCAAAAAAAAGGAAGGCAGGCUGGAAAGAUGGCUCAGUGAUUUAAGAGUACCAGUUGCUCUUCAGGAGGACCCAUGUUUGAUUCUCAGCACCUACAUGGCAGCUCGCAACCAACUGUAACUCCAGUUCCAGAGCAUCUGUCCCCAUUUCCUGCAUUCCGCAGACCCAGGCAUGCAAGUAGUAGACAAACAUACAAACAGGCAAAACGUGUGUGUGUGUGUGUGUGUGUGUGUGUGUGUGUAAAUUAAAAUAUAUCCCUCCCCUUCAUGAGUUUCAGUGCCUCCCAGUACAGUUAGAAUGAAUCCGAGUUCUGGAGUGGCUUUAGGACUGUCUGACCCUUGCUUACCACACUCCAGCCUGCCUGCUCUCUCAGGUCCAGAUGACUGGCGACACUCUUCCCGUAUCUCAAGACCUUGGCACCCACUACUUCUUUUGAACCUGUCACUUCCCUAUCACCUCUCCCUCCUUUGAUAGCACCUCCUUAGGUUAUCUUGGACAUCAGGCCUCCACUUGUGGGGUGUCCACCAGAGAAGACCAGGACAUGGGUUUAAGCCAAAAGAAAGUCUUUGUUAGCUGGUCGGCACCUACAUCGUGUGCUCAGGAUCCCGGUUUAGCACCAAGAAUUUCUCAGGGUGAGCUCUUCAGCACAAAAACCAUGUCCUGAGUGGACAUUCUUCAGUUAACAAUAACGGUUACCUAGAAGCGGACCCACAGAAGUAAAAAAGCACAGUGAGUGCAUUUAGAAACUUUCCCAGAACUAUAGCCUUGGAUGGAUUAUGUCUUUGUUUUUGUCAACCGGUGCUGUCUACAUGCUGAGUUGUGCGGCCUGAGUGGUGCUUCCAUCAUGGAGUCAGCUGUGCUAAGGUUUAGGGGCCACUAAGGUCUGGAGACAUGUUACAUUCCCCACUGGUCUUAGUGAAUGAGUCAAAUCAUGGACUUAUCCCGCUCUAAAGAAGUAUAGUUAGUCCUAAGGGCCAUUAAUUUUACCUAAUUGUACAUAAUUGGCCAAACAGUUUAAAAUACAGGAGCCCACCAUUAAUCCAAUCAGAACGAGAAUUAAAGGCCCAGGCGGCACUGAUAGUUUGAUGGCUAAAGAAACUCCGUUUUGUGCUAGGCAUCCAUCUUGGUACCCACCAGCCAUCUGUGUCUGACUCCAGUCCCUGAAGAUAAGUUCCCAAUAACCCUGACGCAGUGACCUCCACCCAAAAGUGCACAGCCGUGACAUCUACACAUCAUGAUAUGACUAACUGCCCUUUGGCUUCUGUGACCUGCUUAUACAGACAUGCGAGGACUAUUUGAGUUCUCCUUGGCUACCUAAUCUUGGCAGAGCAGAACGGCUCCUGGCUUCCAUGUGCAGAUACUCAAGGUCUUCUUGUAGGUUUGCCUUAAGAAUCCUCCCCUCACCCCCUUCACCCAGCAGUCUCUAGUCUGGCUCAGAGAUUGCUGUCUUGCUAGCAGU